UUCACACGAUUGGCUUCAGCUAUCGUGUGGGCACUUCGUCAGUGUGUAGGAUAGUGCGGGAGGUAGCCAGUGCCAUCUGGACUGCUUUGGUGGAGGAGGAGAUGUCUGUUCCCAAGAGGGCAGACUGGAGCACCAUGGCCGAGCAGUUUGAGUGGCGCUGGAACUUCCCCAACUGCAUCGGAGCGAUUGAUGGGAAGCAUGUUGUGAUACAAGCUCCAGGUAACUCUGGCUCCUUGUAUUACAAUUACAAGGGCACCUUCUCCCUGGUCCUCCUCGCCGUAGUGGACGCCGACUACCUCUUCCGGGUUGUGGAUGUUGGAGGCUACGGCAGGACGAGUGACAGCGGCUCCCUCCGUAACUCCGCGUUUGGGGAAGCUCUUCGCGAUGGCACCCUUGACCUCCCUCCCGCCCGCGUCAUCUCCGGCGCAGAGCAGCGGGGGCCACUUCCUCACGUGUUUGUGGGGGAUGAGGCGUUCCCACUCAUGACCCACCUGCUGCGGCCAUUCCCUGGACAACAUCACACUCAGGAGAAGCGAGUGUUCAACUACCGCCUCAGCCGGGCUCGUCUGGUAGUGGAAUGUGCCUUCGGGAUCUUGGCAUCUAGGUGGCGCAUGUACCGGAGCGUGAUUGGCACCAGUCCUGAGGUAGCUGAGGUGUGUGUGAGGGCCACCUGUGUGCUGCACAACUUUCUCGAGAGGAAGAAGCUGCAGGGUAGAAGACGAGGGGUGGAACCGAACAUCGAGCCAUCGACUGAUCCUGAAGCCCUGCGUGAUGCACCCAGGAUGGGCUCCAACAACGCCACCAGACUGACCAUCCAGAUGCGGGAGGCCUACUGUGCGUUCUUCAAUGAGGAGGGUGCAGUGCCAUGGCAGCCAAGAGCCUAGCAACACAAAGGCUCUUCAACCAAACAGCUCUUUUAAGAGCUACCCAUAUCUUAAGAAAAGAAGCAUAUUCAAACUACACCUGCACCUUCCUAUACCUGCGUAUACAUUGUACAUUUGCUCAAGGUUAAGUUUUAAAAGUAAAUGUAAUAAUGAUUGAUAAUGAUUUGGUUUUGUUUUUCACAGAUGACCCGAGCCAGCUUUCAAGAAUCCCUAUUGUCUUUCUGCAAGUGUACUGAAUAAUUAUUAAUGUGCUAAUAUUAAUAUAACAUAAUUCCACUUCCAAAUUAUAAUGUAUUAUAACUGUAUUAUAAAAGGAACACAUCACAAUCAAAGUAUUUUUUUUUAAUUAAGAACACACAGAACAACAGAACAACAAAACGACAGAAACACCAUAAUUUAACACCAUAACAAACAUAACCUCAGUCACUCAGUCACUGUCAUUCUCCCUAACCUCCCCCUGUAGCGCCGCCAUAUCUGCCCUGGAAACGAUCUGGUACACCUCGUACCGCACCAUGGCUCUAUUAGCACUUGAGAGCCUUCUCAUGGCAGGG